GGCUAUAGGUAGGAAAUACAGACAGUACAGCGAAGAAAUGUGAUGUUGUGAAAUAGCAGCGAUAGCAAUUGUGUUGAUUUCGCACCACCUUAGAAAAUGUUCCCUGGUGUCUUCUAUGCAUUACUGGCUGGGUUUCUGGGAGCCGUCGCGUCUUCGUCAGCAAAGUUGUCUCUCGGAGCGGAUUAUCUCAAGGGGGUGUGUGAGACCGGCCUGAAGACCUGGGGCGGGGAGGAGAGGACAUUGCGGCAAGCGAACGAAACGACAGCAUGCGACUGGCUGCACAUACCACUACGACUGCUAUGUGGAGGACUGCUCUUUACAUGUAAUGCUGUCAUGUGGACCUUCUUUGCCAAGGCGCUCAGGUACUCCUCUUCCUCAGCCAGAGCCACUGUGACAACCACCGCCUCCAACUUCAUAUCCUCAGCAUUCUUGGGGCAGCUAAUUUUUGGAGAGACCCAUGCUGUUCUGUGGUGGGUGGGUAUCUCCCUUACUUUGUCGGGGCUCCUGGUGCUGCAUAAAACGGUGCCCCGAGAUUCUGAACCAGCGAACGCAAAGAAAGAAGAAUGAAAGCCACCACAGCGACCUAGGAUGGCAGUCAAUGAUGAGGGUUCACUGUUGUGGCAUCCAGCUCAUCCCUCAGAAUCUGUAGCAUUUUCAUGAUUUUGUGGAAUGUGUAACAACAGUGGGUCUUGAUGAGUUCACAAAGAGCCUUUCAUAAAGUAUGCAAGUUGACAAGAAACCGAGUUAAUUCUCAUUACUCAGUCACUGUAAGUGACUUCAUUCACAGUAGAAUCAUAAAACUGGUCCCUCCUACCUAUCCUCAGCAGAUUUGCUUCACCACGAUGAGGUAUUGCAUUUUUAUUUGUGACAGUGACUUGAAUGGAAAUUAUUCUUGUAUAGGCUGCUGCUCUUCAAAAGAUGAAUAUAUCCCCGAAUUCCCUAGGGUGAAUCCAAAUAUUGCAACUGUAUCCUGUAUACUUUGAUAAUCUGGACAAGCAAACCCAGCUGGAGAAAGCUGUAUUAGUGAUGCAUAAUUCAAUUCUGAAGGACAAGGUUCACCACAGCGUAACCCCCAAUAUGCUGUAUGAUUAAAACACAAAUAACUCUAAGGACUCAGGUAAGACUGUCAAUGUUAUUUCCUGGUUAAUUCCUUGCAGGGUUGUAGCAGUUAAAAUAUUAGUCCUAAACCAUGACCUGACCUCCCAGGGGCUGUGUGCCAAUGGUUGCCCCACUGAAAGAGGUACGAAGUGGUGAAUCUUGAAGUCAACAUUUGUAUUUUACCGAUGUGGAUACGCCAGUCUCUUUAAAAGGACCAACUUUGUUGUUCUGUCUUUCUGCAAAUGAUGUUGAUAAGAUCGUGGAUAACAUCAUGAAUACUUUAAAUAUCUUACGCAUGCUGGGCAGGCUGUUAACUGUGCCAAAACACUGUGAAGGUUACUGGUGUAGGAAAUGAAUCUACACACAACUGAACACUGAAAUGCAAAUAACAUUUAUUUGUUGAUUGCAUUUUGCUGCAAUUUUUGAUACAAUUACAUUUGCAUGCAAUAAACACGCCUAGACGAUGAUCUUAAGAGCAAUGUCAUAGAGCAACGAACUCUAGAACACUAAUAAUAUUAUGUAUAGCAUAUGAUGAGAAAUAUUGUCAAAGUCUGAUCAACCCAGUGAAAAGUGUCAAAUCCCCCCAGUCCUUGAAUCUGAGAUCUAAGCACAAUCUCAAGCCAGUCCUUCAUAUUCCAAAACAUUUUUUAAACUUUCAAACUUCUCUCCAUAUUACAUGUGUCUAAUUUUUCCUGUACCCAUAAUUAUUCUGUGGGCAUUUUAAGAAGCAUCAGCCUCACCAAAUGCAAGUUGCUUCAGCACAUGCUUCAGCCAGUUGAGUGCUGUGACGCUGCAACUAUAGCUUGGGUGAGCUGCACAUUCAUCAGUGCAUUGAACUGAGAUAUGUUCAAAUCAAAAACUUAGCAUUAACCAAGACCCCUGCUCUCUGAAGCAAAUUAUGCUUCUUAUGUUGAGUGCUUUAUUAGGACCUUCUCACUGGCACAUUGGUAAAUUGCCAUACCUACACAACUAAGUUUGAACUGAGGUCCAAUAAAAACAAAUAGGCCCAUGUUCCAGUAUGAUUUAGAAUGAUAGGGCACAACAACAAGCAUGUUGUAUCAUCUGAUGAAGCUUGAGGUCCUAGGACUGAAAGGAAGUGUGAUGCUCACAAUGCGGUUCUUUUAGGAAAUGUGCCCAAAAGUUCGCUCUAUCCAGUGUUGUGUUUUGUAGGAGAAACAGGGCGACUGGUUAAGAUGAAACUGAGGAAAAAGGGGCAAAUCAAAAAGCUAAAGUAACUCCAAAUUACCCUCUACAAAUUAAAUAGUUAUAAUUCAAGUGUGGCUUGCAUGACUACAAAGCUCAAGCCUCCUCUUAUCCAACCUGAUUAGUGUGCUCAGUCAACAAGAUGAAAACUGCAUAUCAUGAAUCCUGUUAACUGCGAAUCAUCUCAUGUACCAGUGUCUCUACAUGUUUGUCUUUUUGGACACAAGUCUUCCAAGUUGGCCAGUUAGCAUGUAGAACAGGAGAUAGCAGUAGGCAUUGGGUGGCCCAGUCAAAGCUGCAAGAGGCACCACAAAGGACUUCCUAGGAGGUCUGCUGCAAAAACAUCACAAAUUGAUGAGGUUCACCAGAAUCUUUCCUUUUGCAUGUGGCAUGAUACAGUUCUGCUGCUGAGCCUCGUGACAGCAAGGGUACCAAAUGACCAUGACAUCCUCUUAUCAAACAAUAAAUACACACAAAUACGAUGGUUCUGUCCAAGUCAUGCUAAUGUGGCACAAGUUUUCAAUGCCUUGCAUGGAACUUGUUUAAAACUGCGUUUCAAUAAUGUGUAAAUAUGUAAUUUUUAUUAAAGCAGUUUUUAAACCAAUCUCUUUAACUUAUGUCAUGCUUGAGAGAGGAAUAAUAUUG